GUUUGCCAAGCGCGAUACCCCACAAGGAAGCAGAUCUUCCUGCCUCACAUGUGCUCCAGACCUGACGAGAGUUUGAGGAACACAGCCGAGCUGAACCGGCACAGCUGAAAUAAUCUAAAUAAAACACAAAGGCAAAAUGAAACCAGGUUUCAGUCCUCGAGGUGGUGGCAGAGGUGGAGGCAGAGGAGGAUUCGGUGACCGUGGAGGUGGUCGAGGAGGAUUCGGUGGACGAGGAGGAUUCAGCGACCGCGGUGGACGUGGUGGUGGUGGAUUCAGAGGAAGAGGUGGAGGAUUCCGGUCACCCGAGGGUGGUGGAUUUCGGGGACGUGGAGGCGGCAGAGGAACGCCAAGAGGAAGGGGAGGUCGAGGAGGUGGCGGUAGGGGCGGCAGAGGAGGCUUUGGUGCAGGGAAAAAGGUCCUGGUUGAGCCACACAGACAUGAAGGUGUGUUCAUCUGCAGAGGUAAAGAGGACGCGCUGGUGACAAAGAAUAUGGUGAUGGGAGAGUCUGUGUAUGGAGAGAAGAGGAUCAGUGUUGAGGAAGGUGAAACGAAAAUUGAAUACAGGGCUUGGAAUCCCUUCCGCUCCAAGUUGGCAGCUGCUAUCUUGGGUGGAGUGGACCAGAUUCACAUCAAACCGGGGGCAAAGGUCAUGUACCUUGGCGCAGCUUCUGGGACCACAGUCUCCCAUGUUUCUGAUAUUGUUGGCCCAGAAGGACUGGUCUAUGCCGUGGAAUUCUCUCACAGAUCAGGUCGCGAUCUCUUGAAUGUGGCCAAGAAACGCACAAACAUCAUUCCGAUCAUUGAAGAUGCACGACACCCACACAAAUACCGGAUGUUGGUCGGAAUGGUGGACGUGAUCUUUGCAGACGUUGCUCAGCCGGACCAGACCAGAAUCGUUGCUUUAAACGCGCACAAUUUCUUGAAAAAUGGAGGACACUUUGUCAUUUCCAUCAAGGCAAACUGCAUAGACUCGACAGCUGCUCCAGAGGCAGUCUUUGCUUCUGAGGUAAAAAAGAUGAGCUCUGAGAACAUGAAACCCCAGGAGCAGCUAACACUUGAGCCCUAUGAGCGAGACCACGCUGUGGUUGUGGGCAUUUACAGACCUCCACCAAAGCAGAAGAAAUGAGGUUUGGGAGCAGUCUGAAAAAGUUUACUGUUUUCUUUUAUAAACUUUUUGUCGGUUCUAUCUGCUGCCCUUCACACUGAAAGUAUCCACAAUAUCAAGGCUGUACAAAACAGGCUGUGCCAUUGCAGAUGGUUGUCAGAAUUAAUGGAGGACGUUGUUUUGACCUUUUUAACGUGGUAAAGGUGCAUGUAUGAUUAGGGCAUCUGUAAAUAUGAGUGUCAUCUGUGUGACUGUACACAGUGAAAUGUCAAAGGAUCAACUUUCUGUACCAUACCCCUUGGAAUAGGUUAAAGCAGAAAUUUUAAUUUCUCCUGAGGAUGUCCCUUGAUUUCUUUUUUUGUUGUACUGAAAGAAAAAGUUGAUGUCUGUCUAUAGAACUGGUUAUUUUAAUUUGUGGGGGCAAUAUUUUCCAUGUAUGGCCAAGCAAUCACAGCAAUCUGUGACUCAAGUUACAUUUGCAUUUACAACUACCCAUGGUAAAUUUAACUGAUUCCUUUUUUGCUUGUAUCAUUUGUUAGCAUAAAAUAUUAGGAUUGUCAACAAUGGAUGCCUAUACCCAACUCUGUAUGACUGGCAACUUUGUUUUAUUAAAUGUGUUUUUGAUCAUCUCUGAAUUGGG